CGGUAGAUUGCAGGAUACCCACUAGCGCUAGCGCUCCAGUGGAUUUUAUCGGAACUAAGCUCACAUCAAUAUUGUCUACACAAUGUUUAUAUUGUUUAAGUGCAAAUAACCAAUGGACAACAUUAGUGCGAAGCAAUUAGACAGAGAUCUUACAAUAGAUGGAGGAUCUUGCUGCCCUUGGUGUACAGAGACAUUCAGUGACCUGCGAGUUCUAUUGGAUCAUUGGAAGCACUGCAAGAGCCGGAAGCAGUUACAAGACAAGUUCGACUCAUCAAGUGCUUCGGACUCCGACACAACAGGUUCCAUUGGAAUUGGCGAUAAAAAUAAUAAUAGUGAUGAUGAUGAUACUAGUGGCCUCUGUCAGAGUCAAAAUUUACUAACUGUAAAUCAUGAAUUGUCAGGUGUACGUAAUGUGUAUGCCUGUGUUCAGUGUGAACUGUCAUUUAGUAACCAAUAUGAUUUGAAUGUUCAUGAAAAACUUCAUCAGAGGUUCACCAAUGAGGAGUUUUCAUGUUCUAUUUGUAAAGCUAGUUUCUCCUCAGAAACACAUCUUGUUGUACAUUUGAAAGAUCACCAUGAAACUAGACAGGAUUUAGAUCAAAAUUUGCUUUCACAUUCAAACCAAAUUUUAUUUUACUGUAAUCAGUGUGAUCUUAAAUUCCAUGUUCAAACUGAUCUUGAAAAGCAUGUGUUGAAUCAUCCAAAGCAAAGAAUAUUUUCCUGCUUGCAAUGUGGAAAAGGAUUUUCCAAAGGGAGUGAUUUGCGGCGUCAUAACUUAGUCCACACUGGAGAAAGACCUUUCCCUUGCUUAGUGUGUGGCUCAAAGUUCGGUACAAGCAGCCAACUGAAGCGGCAUGCAAUCAUCCAUAGUGGAGUACGUCCAUAUGCAUGUUCUCAAUGUGAUAUGAAAUUCUACAAGGGUAGUGAUCUUAACCGUCACUUAAAAACUCACACUGGUGAAAGAAAAAUUGGGAAAGGAAUUUUCAAUGGAAUUGACCUAAGUGGUCUUAACUCUGUUCAAACUAGUGAAAGGCCUUUCCCUUGUGUUGAAUGUGGGGCAAAGUUUGGAAGGAACAGUGAACUAAGAAGGCAUGCAUUGAUUCAUGCAGGAGUUCGUCCUCAUGCAUGCUUGCAAUGUGAUAUGAAAUUUUACAAGAGUAGUGAUCUCAACCGUCACAUAUCAACUCACACAGGUGAAAAAAAAUGUGAUAUUUGUGGACUAUCUUUCAUGCGACUGCAAGAUUUAAAACAUCACUAUCUGUUGCAUGAUAAUGUUGUUGCUCAAGAGUACUCUUCAGAUGCAAACGUUUUUUCUUGCUCAGUGUGCAAUGCAAUUUUCUCUGACAUUGCUGAAUUUAAAGUUCAUAAGUUGAGUCAUCCAGUUGAGAAGCGGAGUGGCCCCCCAAUAAAAGAAAAACGUUUUCAUUGCUUGGAAUGUGGGAAAAGCUUUGUGAAAAGAAGUGACUGUAAGAGACAUGGAGCUGUUCACAGGAAAGGCAAGCCGUUCACAUGUGGUGAAUGUGGCAUAAGCUUUGCAUUGGAAAAUCAGCUAAGAUGUCAUUUAACUAUUCAUGGUUCUCCAAAGGAUCAUUACUCUUUUUCGACAUCUGACGAUUUUCGUUUCCCUCAAGGCAAUGAAAUGUAUAAUCUCAGUCACAUUUCAGAUCUCUCAUCUGUGUUUGAUGUUUAUAAAAAAUGUUUAAAAGAAUUAGCUAAUGGAAAGUAUUCUACUGAUCUGCUUCAAAAUACUGAGGCAAACGCUGGACCACAUCCUCACUCAGCUCAAGAAAAUGCAAAGUUUUCAGAACCCAAAGAAUCAAAAGAACCUAAAGUUGCAUCUGACUCUAAAUUGGCAACAGAAAAUGGGGAGUAUCUAUGUUCUGUGUGUGGCGAGGGCUUCAACAAACCAUCAAAAUUAAUGAAACAUAGUUUGUCGCAUUCCAAUGCCACAGGGGUUGUAUGUGCUGUCUGUAAAGUUGAAGUUGGUACACAAAUGGCACUUGAAUCACACAUUCUCACACAUAUUGAAGAGAAACCAUUUCUUUGUAUUGAAUGUGGGGAUGAGUUUCAUACAGAGAAUGAACUUCAAGCCCAUUGUUCUAGUCAUAUGAUGAGCACAACUUGAGAUUUAUGUCUUUUCAGAGUGUAUCACUUUAUUAGUGGUGUUUUAGUAUGUUGGGAUUUUGUAUUUGAUGCUUCUGUUAAAACACAAAAUAUUUGUAUUUGCUUUGCCUUCAGUGCUGUGUUGCAUGUUCCAUAUAAGAACUCAAAAAAAACAAAACAUGGGCAAUGUGACUCAUAUUUUGGUACCAAACAGUUUGACCAAGCAUUUAUUGGUUUUGAACUAUUUAGCUAUUAAUUAAAUUGUUAUGUGUGUAUGGAGUGUGUUUAUAAAUUUCAUCAAAGAAGAAAAAAUCGGCUUGAAGUCUCAUUUUUGUGGCUAACAAAUUGUUUAUGGCUUGAUAUGCUUGAAACAUGCCCGAUUGGAGAGGCUUUGCUGAUUCGUCUUGUUAGUCAGAGUCUUGUUGUUAUCAUUGAAUGGUUUAAGUGUGUUGUGAACCAAUUUUGUUACUCAAAGUUUAUACUGUUGUUACUUUUUAAAAGUUAAAGAAAUAAACGUUGCUUACGUAAAGUUCAUUAGUAUGGUAUUGUUUUUAGUUUUGGGUAUACAUUAAAAAGCUUCUGUUGUUUAUCUUCCAUGUGUAAAUAUUUCUAGUCGUUUCCAGCCAUCAUGUGAUCCAAAGAAGGGUAUUUCUUAAAAUAUUAUUUCCCUCCAUGUUGAAGUUUUUUUUGGAGGCAAUUUCUGGUUUAUUAAAAUUAUGUGCAGGACAAUGAAGCUGCUGUAAAGUGUGGAAUGGAAUAUGUUGAUACUUGUAGACAUGCUGUGGCGGUAAUGACCGGCUGGGUCGGUGGUGGUGCCUGGUGUGCCUGGUGCUGCCCUGCUACAGGCUUGAGAAGGGUAAAUGUUUCAACUCUUUAUCGUGGCACAGCAAUAUAAUGUAUUAGUUUUAAGCUUUCCCUUUAUUCCAUUGACCAACUCUAUAAUUAUGAAAAGUGGGCAUGCAUCGUGUGCUCUUUUGUUUAGAUUUUUUUGUUGCAAACGUUUAUGAAGCCUGGAAUGUAAUUAUGCUUUUUGCCUUUAUUUUUUGUUGUUGACCUUUGCUUUAAUUUUAUUACACCCAAUGAUUCUUGUAUGGUUUACUAACGUGUAUAAUUAAUAAAAAAAUAUUACUAACUACAAUGGAACUUCAAUCCAAUGCUUCCCCUGUCA